CUCUCUUAAAGUGGUUCUUCUGAUAACAAGUCGACAAUCUCUGUUUAAUUUGCAACAUUGUAUUGUGGAAAUCGUUAAUCACAGGUGUCGUCGGAUUGUUGAAAAUGAGAGACAAUGAUAAAACAAUUGAAUGAAGACGAAUUUAGUUUUUGUGUAGAUUUCAAAUUACCCUUGUGUUCAAGUCGCUAGUGUUUCUAGUGUUGAAAAUGAACCCUUUGAUUGGUGUUGCCUUAGCUCUGUUACAGUUUAUAAAUGUAUCGAUCGGUGCGAGACCAAAUAUUUUAAUUUUACUGGUGGAUGAUUUGGGUUAUGGUGAUCUCGGAUGCUAUGGAAACAGUACGAUCACAUCUGUUCACAUCGAUUCAUUGGCACGCGAAGGAGCACUCUUCACGCAAAUGUAUGCUGGCGCUUCGAUAUGCACACCGUCCCGGGGUAGUUUGCUUACAGGCCGAUAUGCAAUUAGAUUGGGAUUAACAUCGAAUGAUAAUAGAUUUCGAACUUUCAAUUCUCCGGCUCAAACUGGAGGGCUACCACAUGACGAAACAACGUUAGCUGAAGUGGCUAAGCGAUUGGGCUAUCGAACUGGUUUGAUCGGAAAAUGGCAUUUGGGUCUAGGCCGCGGAGGAGAGCAUUUACCGAUUAGACACGGUUUUGAUUCAUUUUUCGGCAUGCCGGUGACCAAUGUUCAAUCUUGCGGAAAUAAGACGGUUUACAAUCUAAUUGGAAACCAUGGCGAAAUAAUUGAUCGGUCGUUUGUCGCUUAUUGGAUAUUGCUUACCGGGAAGGUGUGGAUGGCAUUCAUUGUAUUCUCGAUAACAUCAUGGUUCUUUGCACGUAAGUUGGCGAUAAUCGUAGUGCUAUUAGGAACUGGUGCUUUUGCUGUCAGCGUUUGGUAUACCUUAUCGUUUACAUUAAUCAGUACUUCGUCGUGUUUAUUGUAUCGAAAUGAAGAUAUCAUAGAGCAGCCUGUUCACCUCGAGAACCUAACGCUUCGGAAUACGAAUGAAGCCAUCAAAUUCAUCAAAGAUGCAAUACUCACACCAGAUCAAAAACCAUUUUUUCUCUUCAUGUCGUACAUCAAGGUUCAUACGGCUCUGUUCACCCUUCCGGAAAAUACCGGGCGAAGCCUACACGGUCCAUAUGGUGACAACGUUGAAGAGCUGGAUUGGAGUGUUGGUCGAAUUCUUGAAACGCUGAGAAUGCUUAAUGUCGACAAUGACACUUUGGUUUUCUUCACGUCCGACAAUGGGCCAUUUCUCGAACGCGGUACAGAGGCUGGAUUCUGUGGUCGUGCUACUACAAUUUCCGGUACAAUCAGCGAACCACUGAGAGGAGCUAAAGGUCAAACGUGGGAGUGUGGAAUCCGGGUUCCUGGAAUAGUUCGCUGGCCUAGUCAAGUCGUUCCAGGUCAAGUGGUCCAUAGCGUAACAUCUUUACUGGACAUUUUCCCAUCACUUUUGGAAAUAUGGAAUGUCCCCCCAAAAUCAAGAUAUCCCUUGGAUGGAGUCAGCGUAUGGCCCCAUGUUUCCCUGACAAAAGAUGCAAAGAUUUCUCUUCCCUUAACUACCGCAAAAGAGAGAGAUUCAUUGUUUCAUUAUUGUGGGUCUACAAUAACCGCACUCAGACUUGGUAAAUUCAAAGCUCAUUACUGGACACCAGUAUGGGAUGCAGGAUUCCAAGCAUGUCCAAGUGUUACAAUUUGUCCAUGCUUAGGUACACAGCAUACACCUCCGUUACUGUUCGAUAUUGAUGCUGAUCCGGGCGAAACGUUGCCAUUAGAUGUGAACAAGCAUUUAGAGGUUCUGUCUUCGAUGGACCGUGCCAUACGGAAGCAUCAAGAAACAAUAGUGCCGGUGACGAACCAAGUAGAAACGCUAGGUUUGCCAUGGUUGUUUCCUUGUUGCAACGCACAUGGAUGGACCCGAAUAUUUCGUUUGGUAACAAAUUCGUGUCGUUGUUAGUGGAAUAUUUUGGUUCAGCUAUAAGAGAUCUUAUCGAGAUGACGUGUAAUUUAUAAGUAAAUAAGUAAAACGAAAUUUGUAUUUAUGAUUAAGUAUAUUGGGGUGUGGCUGAUGUAGCUGGAAAAAAUA